AUGAUUGGGAUUGGUUCUGCCAUGGUUGCUGCGGGCACACCAGUAGAAGCGGUUAUGGCAUCUAUUUUUGGUGUGGUCAUUGCAGGCUCAUUUAUUGAAAUGGGUGUUUCACAAGGUUUAAUCAGCAUGGGUGGUGGCUACCAAGCCAUGGAAAGCCAUACGUUUGCCAGCGCCGACAAUCUCAUCAUGUCAUGUACAGUGUUGGCAAUUAUCGUCCUUCUCAAUCGCUUCAAAGUGAUGCCCCAUUGA